CUUCCGGAAGAUAUCAAGAAUAUUUCCAAUGAUAACCGCCAUGUAACUUUCGCCAGCAACUAAAAUGCAGGGAAAAAAUAUCUCCAAAUGAUUCAAAUGUGUCACGUUUCCUGACCGAAAUUCGGCAUCGUUUACAGUGAAUGUACCGCUGUUUUUUGCGUUGCCUUUCUGCAAACGCUCGGGCGUUGUCGACAAACAACAGCACGAGAAGUUCAGCUGAAAUACACGUGGUCUUUAGUUCACGGUUAUUUGCAAGCAUGGCAGACGCCGGCGAAGGCGAAGAGAAAUUAAGCAAAAAUGAAAUAAAACGACGCUUGAAAGCCGAGAAAAAGGCGAAAGAAAAAGAGGCAAAAUCAGCUGAAAAGAGUGGUAAUGAAGUCAAGGCAAAGGAAAAGAAAACUGAUGAAUUAGAUGAAACUUUAGACCCCAAUAAAUACUUUGAAAUUCGAAGUCUUGCUAUUGCAAGCCAGAAGCAAAGCGAUACAUCACCAUAUCCACACAAAUUCCAUGUUUCUGUGUCUUUGCAAGAAUUUAUUGAGAGAUACAGUGGUUGUGAGGAGGGAACAUGGCUGGAGGAGGUUGUUUCAGUUGCAGGGAGAGUACAUGCCAAACGGUUGCAAGGAGCGAAAUUGAUAUUUUAUGAUCUCCGUGGUGAAGGAACAAAGUUGCAAGUUAUGGCAGAUGCUAGAGUAUCUGAACAAGAUUUUGCGGAAGUACAUGGAAAUCUUCGGAGGGGCGAUAUCAUAGGAGUUAAAGGAAAACCAGGCAAAACAAAAAAGGGAGAACUGAGUAUUAUGCCAUUGUCAGUGACGUUAUUAUCGCCUUGCUUGCAUAUGUUGCCUCACCUUCAUUAUGGCUUGAAGGAUAAGGAAACCCGAUUCCGACAGCGAUACCUCGACCUGAUUUUGAAUGACCAUGUUCGUGAAAAAUUUUUGACGCGAGCAAAGAUAAUCAACUAUGUUAGGAAAUUUUUAGAUAAUCUAGGAUUUUUAGAGAUUGAAACACCAAUGAUGAACAUGAUUGCUGGUGGAGCGACAGCCAAACCUUUCAUAACUCAUCACAAUGAUUUAAAUAUGGAUCUCUACAUGAGAGUUGCUCCUGAAUUGUAUCAUAAGAUGUGCGUUGUUGGUGGCUUAGAUAGGGUCUACGAGAUAGGCCGUCAGUUUAGAAAUGAAAGUAUUGACCUUACCCACAACCCAGAGUUCACAACAUGUGAAUUUUACAUGGCCUAUGCUGACUAUAAAGAUCUUAUGGAACUCACUGAAACAAUGGUGUCAGGCAUGGUUAAACAUGUGACUGGUGGUUACAAGAUCAAAUACCAUGCAAACCAGACUGACGCAGAGCUGGGGGCACCAAUGGAGGUUGAUUUCACACCACCAUUCAAAAGGGUUUCCAUGAUCUCAGAGCUGGAGAAGGUUUUGAAAGUCAAGAUACCAUCACCAACAACAUUUGGUACCGAAGAGGCUCGCAAGUUCUUUGAUGAUCUUUGUGUCAAACACGAAGUGGAUUGUCCAUCUCCAAGAACUGUUGCUCGGCUUUUAGAUAAGCUUGUUGGGGAAUUCUUGGAAAGUCAAUGUAUCAAUCCAACGUUCAUCAUUGAGCAUCCUGUCAUUAUGAGCCCUCUGUCCAAAUGGCACAGAUCCAUUCCUGGUUUAACUGAAAGAUUUGAACUGUUUGUCUGUACAAAGGAAAUUUGUAAUGCUUAUACAGAGUUGAACGAUCCAGUCGUUCAACGAGAGAGAUUCCAACAACAAGCUGCGGAUAAGGCUGCAGGCGACGAUGAAGCUCAGAUGGUGGAUGAAAAUUUCUGUACAGCUUUAGAGUAUGGUCUUCCCCCCACAGCCGGGUGGGGACUUGGGAUUGAUCGCCUUUGUAUGUUCCUAACAGACUCGAACAAUAUCAAGGAAGUACUGCUUUUCCCAGCGAUGAAACCCGACGAUAAGAAAUCAAAAGACGAAGAGGAAAUUGUGAGCAAUUGACGUACGACUCUUUAUUGAGAAAGUGUAUGAUGUAGAUAGAAUUUUAAUGUUUGACAUAUAAUUAUUGACCUAUUUUGAGAGAUAAUCGAUGACGACCUUAUUUUCAAUUUAAUUGGAGACUAUAUCAACACCAAAUAUAAUCAAUAAGAUCAUCAAGGAUCUUUUUCAA